AUGCGACCCACAGGCUCGUUCCUGGCCUUGGCCUCUGCUUUCGCUGUCCAGACCGUUGCGGCCCUGGACCCGUACGAGGGCUAUGUCUUCGCGUACUUUACAGGGAACUCCCGCGCUGGCGAAAACAUCUUUCUGGCGGCAAGCAAUGGCAACAAUGCCCUGUCGUGGCAAGAGCUGAACGGCGGCCAGCCGAUUCUCACAUCUUCCCAGGGGACGACAGGUCUACGCGAUCCCUUCCUCAUCCGAUCACCACAAGGGGACAAAUUUUUCCUCGUCGCCACUGACCUCUCGAUCGGGUCGGGUACGUCAUGGUCGGAUGCGGUACGGUUUGGAAGCCGAUACCUCGAGGUCUGGGAGUCGAGCGAUUUGAAGACGUGGUCGAGUCAGCGCCAUGUCCAGGUUUCCCCACCAGAAGCUGGCAACACCUGGGCGCCGGAGGCAUACUACGAUGAGGAUAUCAGCGCCUAUGUUGUUUUCUGGGCAUCAUCGCUCUACGACGCAGCCGACACAAACCGCACAGGGGCAACUUACCACCGGAUGCUGUAUGCAACCACCCAGGACUUCAUCACGUUCAGCGAGACAAAGAUCUGGCAGGAUGCGGGCAUGUCUCGGAUCGACUCUACCGUCUUGAAGUCGGACAGCAUCUACUACCGCUUCACCAAGGACGAGGGGGCCAGCGGGACGGGCUGCAGCGAUAUCAUCCAGGAGCGAUCAGACUCGCUCCUCGCAACGCUGGAGUCAUGGACGACCGUCACCAGCUGCAUCGGCAAGAACGCGGGCACGAGCGCUGUCGAAGGCCCUACGGCUUUCAGGGCAAACACUGGCGAUGUCAACGGAGACAAGUUCUACCUGUUCGUGGAUGAGUACGGUGGUCGUGGAUACAUCCCCCUGGAGACUGCGGACAUCGCGGACCCGCGGUGGGCCGUGUCGAGCUCCUACGACCUCCCUUCGAGCCCCAGGCAUGGCACGGUCAUCCCGGUCACGGCAGCCGAGCUUUCCUCCUUGACAACCAGCUCCGCGAAGCCCAGGUCGGCCGCCGCUGACGGCCUUGCCACGGCAAGAAAGGAGCGCAAGAGCAGGAUCACGCCGCGCGACAGCCCUGUCCUGGCUGGCCUGAACGCUGACCCUAACAUCGCGGCAUUCGGAGAGACAUACUACAUCUACGCGACGAGCGAUGGCUUCCCUGGGUGGGGUGGCCAGACGUUCUACGCCUGGUCGUCCCAGGACCUCAGCACGUGGUCUCGGUCGGAAGAGCCUUUCCUGGUCCUCAACGGCACAUCGGGAAAUGUUCCAUGGGCGAGCGGCAACGCUUGGGCCCCGACCAUCAUCGAGAGGGACGGGAAGUUCUACUUUUACUUCAGUGGCCACAACCCGACAUACAACCGCAAGACUAUUGGAGCCGCCUUCGCCAGCUCGCCGGACGGCCCAUUUACUGCACAGUCGACCGCGAUGAUCCUCAACAAUGAGAAGUUGACCUCGGGCCAGGCCAUCGAUCCGGCGACCUUCAAAGACCCGGAGACGGGGAUUUACUGGCUGCUAUGGGGCAACGGCCGGCCACUGAUUGCUCAGUUUAACAAUGACAUGGUUUCCAUCAACUGGGACACGGUCCAGAACAUCACCGGGCUUGUCGACUUCAGGGAGGGCCUCUUCCUGGUGUAUCGGAACGGGAUCUACCACCUCACCUACUCGAUCGAUGACACCGGGUCUGAGAACUACCGCGUUGGCUACGCGACAUCGGACUCCGUCACCGGCCCUUGGACGUACCAGGGUGUUGUGCUCCAGAAGGAUACGAGCCAGGGUAUCUUGGGCACGGGGCACAACUCCAUCCUCAAUGUUCCGGGCACGGAUGUUUGGUAUAUCGCGUAUCAUCGGUUCCAUAUCCCGGACGGUGACGGGACUCACCGUGAGACUACCAUCGACAAGCUGACAUUCGAUUCGGAGACUGGGUUGAUUGAGGCGGUGGUGCCGACGCUGACGAGCGUUGACCCCUUCCCUAUUCCAGCUCAGUGGUCUGGGAGCACGGAGUAG